GUCGUUAGUCUUGUGCUGACUUACCACGCGUCCAUCUUCAUGUCAAUCGCGAACCCGCUUAUAAGAAAAAGGUUUUUUUUUGCGUAUCAUAUAACGGAUUUGAUGAUGCCAUCUUCAUGAUCAUGCCAAUUCUGCUUUCUAAUUUCCAACCGUAGGGAAGAGUGAAAAAACGAGCGAUAAAAACAACAACAACGACGUUCUUCGCAAUGUCCAAAAAUGCCAAGAGUGUGGCCCUGCAAAAGUUGCAGGAUUGUCUGGCUGCUGGGAUGCGUCUCUCCGCAAGCCAGCUGGAGUACGGUGUGAGCAGCCUGUCGGCCAUCUUGUUGGUGGUGCAGGCCCAAGAGGCUGGGUGGACUUACAUCAGCGCCAUGCCCGACUGCCCGUUUCCCCGCGAGACCGUCUGUAAGAUAAUUUUUUUUUCAUGCAUAUCACCAUUGAAAAUGACAUGUUCAUGCUGAUUUCUAAAUUUUCGAAUUCCACUUGAAACAACUAAUCAGUUUACGUCGACCUUGGCUGCAACAACACCGCGCAGUUGUUGGGUUGCGUCAGCAACACCGCCACCCGUAGCAUCCGGCACAAGUUUCCGGACCAGGCCGCCGUGAUCGAGUUCUGGAACCAGGUCUGGAAGGGAGUGAAGAAAGCGGUAUAGUCGCGUUUGCUUUUUUAUAGAAGUUUUGAACCACAUCAUUAUGCUAGUUUGUCACGCUGAGAUGCAAACGUGACUUCUUUUUGAGCGACCACCUAAAAUCAAUAACAGGCACCGGAAAAGAAGAACGCUCCCACCCUGAAGGCUGCGGCCGAAGAGCUGUCCGAAAAGAUGUCUGCCGCUGAGUGGAAGCUGAAGAUCACCGCGUUCGCCCCCACCGUGGAUGCGGCUUCGCCCGACCUGGAUGCGCGCGCGAUGGGUGACAAACUGCUGGACACCUUGGGUAACUUGGACGUGCUGAAGAAGUUGUUGUUUCACAAGUCGUUACCGAAGCGCAUCGCGUACGACGGUUCUGACAUGGAGUCUGCCUCCGCUUCCGCGACCGAAGAUGAGGACAAGGAUGCCGUGCCGGAGCUGAAGUUCGACUUCCAGGUAGAACAAGUUUGAAUUUUAAAAUUGUCAUGCGUGUUUCAUGUACAUGUUCCAUACUUGUGGCGUAGUAGAAGAGCAUAGAAGUAACCAACUAAAAUCAUAUACAGAAGCACCAGCUGAACGCCUUCACCAACAACCCCCACGCCAAGACCCGCAUCGGUGCGAAGGAGGAGAAGGUCGGUUUUGUCCCCAAGGCCGAGAAGGGCACCGUGAAGAAGAACGUCGGCUCCUUGAAGCUGAGCGAAUCGGUGCCUGAUUUUUAAAUUUUUACAAGUCAAGUUGAGUUACGUGGUUUUUUAUAAUGAUAAGUCAACUUAUUUGGCGUCGUAUUUUCGUUCGUGUCUUCUUGUUCGAGCCUCAAUAUAAAACAUAAAUAUCAGGACGACUUCUUCGCUUCUAAGGGCGCCGCCAAGGCCGUCCCCAACCUGGCCACUCCGGUCCCCGGAUCCGCUGUCCCGGAGGGGUACAUGACCGCGGAAAUCAUCGCCAAGAUGAAGGCGACUGCUGGCAAGGUGGACUACGCGAACUUGACCGAGAACGACAUGCAGGACGUCAUGUCUGUGGUGGCGAACUUGUCCCCCAAGACCGACGGUGACGCGGAGAUGAAGGACAACUCCCCCGAUGAGUCCGAUGACAAAAAGAAGGACUCCGACGCGAAGAAGGAAGAAAAGGAUGAUAAGAAAAAGAAGGGCACCGGCAAGAAGGGUGCUAAGAAGGACCAGAAGGCCGACCCGCAGCCCCUCAUGGACGAUGGUGUGGAGGCCACUACGAAGUCUAUGAAAGCCGCCCCUAAGAAGAAGGCCGCUAAGAAGGAGGAGAAGGAGGAGGAGGUGGAGGACAAGAAGCCGAUGAAGCGCGAAGCCGCCCCGGCGAAAGGAAAAGCCGCGAAGAAGGCGAAGCAGUUGUAAGUAGCGCUUCGUCGCGAAUUGGAAAAUCAAAAUCGACUACUCUAUUUGAGUUGUAGUGUUGUAUUAGGUCCAGUUUAUUGAGUUUUAAGCUGUUUCUACUGCUUCCUCCUUAUCGUUCUAUUAUUUGUAGCUGCAAGAACAACUAUAAUUGAGGACAAAGCACUAGUAUACUUUCGCUUCUGAAAAAAUUUAUGAAAGGAUACAGCCGCAUCGCAGCAACAUCGAUGAUAGCCUUAUCCCAGCUAUUGAAAUACAGGGGUUUGCGAAAAAUUUGCACAGCAGAGUCAUUCGGUUUUAGGAGCGUUUCUUCUCCUACUUUCUUUACAGACUAUUGCUUUUUAGUACUAUACUAAUUCACGAGCAAUGUCUGAUGAUGAUUUGAGCGUAGCCGCGCUGAAAAUAGGCAUCUAAUUUGAAGCAGCAAGUAUUCGGUUGACUAUAAAGCGGAAUUACGGUUAGUGAAGGAGGGAUAAUGCUUGUUACAUCAAGCCAUAGCUGCAAAAACACGAAAUAAUCUUCGAAGCCGUCUGGUGUAAUUCCUCGGAAGAAGAUUCAUGUUGAAUUUAAAGGAAAAAACUAAGAGUAAGUGCCUGCGCCUAGUACUGCGAAGUCCAUCG